GGCGCCGUGUGCUAUGCUUGGGACCCACUGGUGCUGCUCCAUGUGACAUUGACAGCAACGGAGGAAAAAUGAGGCUGACUGCCCUCCUGUCGAUGGCUGUCAGGGUUGUCAAACCCAAAGGUUAUCGCUACGGGACGAAUAGACCAUGGACUGUUGCUGCCAAGAGGCUCAAUCCUCCGGGUAGUAAGAGGAGAAAGGUGUUCGUGGAGCCGCUAGCAUCAGAGGACUGGACCCUGUUCAGAGGGGACAGGGUUGAGAUUCUUGCAGGGAAGGACAAAGGAAAGCAAGGAAAAGUGAUUCAAGUCUUCAGAAACAGAAAUUGGGUCAUCCUGGAAGGACUUAACACACAUCACAGGUAUGUCGGUAAAACUUUGGAUUACCGUGGGACCUACAUUGCCAGCGAGGCUCCCCUCCUGCUACGAGACGUUGCCCUCGUUGAUCCUGCAGACAGGAAGCCCACUGAGGUGGAGUGGAAAUUUACAGAGGAAGGUGAGAGGGUCCGAGUGUCUCUCAGGACCGGUCGGAUCAUCCCCAAACCCGUAGUUGAGCGACGAGACGGCAUUGUGCCCCAGCAGUGGAAGGAUGGUCCUAAAGACACCAGUCCAGAAGACACUCUAGAAAAGACCUUUGUACCGUCCUUGAAAACCCUGGAGGAAGAAGUCAUGGAAAAACUGGGCAUCCAGGAACCCAGGAGGCACCGGAGGUCCUACUGGUACUGAUUGGACUAAUCAGAGACUAUCCAUACAAUACUUUUGAAUUACAAAUGUUCCACGGGAGUCACAUUAACAGUUGAAGAAGGCUGUGUGAGGAUAAUAUCACAAACCUCUGGACUUAAAAGGACUGCAACAACAAACAACUGAUUAAGUAAAUUACAGCUUUGUGUACUAGUAAGGAGGAGGAGACAUGCAAACAAAGCUGGCUUCAAACCUUAACUUUGAAUGGGUGCAGCUUAACUUUUUAUUUGUCUGUUUCUUUGUAAUUUUGUGAAUAAAUGUCAGAAGUAAACAAGUAAAAAGGGUUAUUU